CGAAUAUACUUGCGAGUUUACGACCCGCGCAAACGUAACGUAACUGGAACGCUUUCUUCAUCUCGUUUCAACAUCUCUCCGAUGGCAACUUCCGAAUCAAAACCAAAUGAUCAGCUGAUUCCUUUGCCGGAACCUGAAUCGUUGCCGGAACCUGAAUCCCAGCUCUCAGCUCUCAUUUUCGAUAUAUCACAACAGGCUCAAGGGGCUAUGGAGAACAUGCUUAGAAUGAUCAGUGAAAUCGAUCAAAACGCUGUUGGAAUAGUGGAAGACAUAGAAAAGUGCAGGGGUUCUGCUCUUGACAGAAAGGGAGUGUUGGAGGAAGAGAAACAACAAUUUCAACAAGCUGCUUACACUGUUUUAGACAUGCUCAACAACCGAGGAGGGGGAACGCUGAAAUUUUCUUGAGCUCGAAGAAUCAACCCGUAAAGAUAGUUGGGGGUUAUGAAUUAUGAAUGUAUGGGAUAUUAUCUUCUGUUGAAUGGUGAAUACAGUACGUUAUUUUUACUUGGUCUAUAUCAGAACAAAUCCUCAUGUAAUCCCUUCCUGUUGUCUUGCCUUCAGUUCUUGGUUCAUUAAAAUUCAGGAUAUGCAUGCUUACACUCUGUCUGAAUAUCCUUCAAUUGCCAAUCACAUUAUCACUUCGAAGCAACAUAAGUUUUCUUAAACAUACUGACAGUCCAAUUAGAUAUUUAUUUUAAAAAAGUGGUAGUUUUGUGAUUUAGUUUUUAAGGAUGGUGAUUGCUGAGACAAAGCUCUCUUCCUUCACUCUGGAUCUUCUAACUAUUUAAGUUCUUUUGCCACCAACCUUAUUAGAGUCUGAAAUCAUUUUCAACUGCUUAGAAUGACCUUAUUUGAAUAGGAUAGGUUCUAUAGUCUUGUAUAACUGUGUCUUUGAGUUCAUUUUGACAGCUUUGAAUCUUAUCUUAAAUUUUUUAUUGUCUGACUUCACCUCGUCGGAAUAUGUAAUUUGGGCAUGAAUGGUUAAAAUUUGUUGCAGCAUACAAUGUAAUGCAUAGAGAUAGGCAAUAAACUUUGAACUCGAAUACGAACUUCUCUAUAUUACCUGUUCAGUUCCAGUCUUGUACGAGAUCACGUCCUGCAUUUUCAUAAAUUUAGUUCAGGUUUGAUUCCAAGAUAGCAUGGAAUGCAGAAAGAAAAGAAAAACACAAACAGAAGAUAUAACAUACCACUGCUCCAGACACCAAAAUGUAGAAAUCUGUUGGUAUCUCGUUUUGUAUUAUAAUGUCAACUUUAGGUGGAAAAUACUCUGCUUUCAUCUCAGAGACCUGCACAAAUAUAUACUAGGCCAUCAGGAUAACUGAGAUAGCUAUAAAUUCUAAUGGCUGGGAUAUUUUUCAGACAUUCUUCCAUUAAAUAGUGAAGGUAAAUGCUCCAAAGUUCUACUUUUUUACUUCAUGCCGUAUUACUUGGGAGUCUUCUUUAAAACUCUUCUCUGUGAAAAUCAUCUUUGAACAGGGAAAAAGUUCUUUACCAAUUGAACAAUAAGGUCUUCAGAGAGCCCCUUGAAUAAAUAUGCAUUCUCAACGGUAUCACGGAAAAGGUGCUGGGCAAUACUGGAUCUGAUUGCUUUAGGUAAAUCCUCCAAGACCUGUUCUUGCUUCAACUCUGCUGUCUUGAACUUGAGUUGCAUGUGCGCCAACAUUUGAUCUUUCAAGCCUUCUGGCAGUCUAUUCUUGCUUCCAUAUCGCAAUAUCUCAUUUAUGGAAUCCCUCUGAACCGAAGUAAGUUGAGGAAGCCGAAGGCCUCACUACGAUGCAUCCUUCCAGUGAAAAUUCUGUAUAUUACCUGAAAUGGAAGAGUGGAGGCUACGUCCAUGGGGAACCCCAGGCUUGUAAGCUCUUGAAUUCACUUCAAUUAUCAAAACCACUCGAUGAGAGAAGAAACCCCAAAAUGAAUUCAAACCAAAGCAUUACAUGGAAUUGAUGAAAUGAACAUACCGUAGAGCUAUCUUCUUAUGAUCAUCGACGAGGAGAUAUGUGCCUUUGUCCAAGUAAGCCACGAAGAAGGUCAACACAAUAUCAACGGCAAAGAAUGCAUCCACUACCAAAUCAACAGGUAAAAGAGACCCAGUUGCCACUUUCUUGAAAGCAAGCUCAAAGGGUGAUACCCACGCUGAGUAAACCACUAGUACUACCAGGAAAGUUUGCCACCACCUGCAUUCCAUCAUCAUUUAAAUUCAAAAUGCCCAACCAAAGUGGCCCGCUCAUUUUCUCUCUCCAAAAGCAAGUGUGUGUAUCCAUCGUUAACAACUGUUCCAAACGCCGGCAAGAGGCUGCUGGAAACCGACGUCAAGUUCUUUAUUUCGCCACUUGAGUGCCGCCGGAACAGCAAAGGCAUCGGCGACCUUGUUUCGGAGACUGACGUGGGCAUUGUGUUUCACAACCUUCUGCAAAUUUUAUGAUCCAGAAAAAAAGAGAGUCGUUUCUCAUGCAUGCCUCGAAGACUUUUUAUACACACAGAAAAGAGGAAGAGUUGACUCUUAAUUUCAGGACUUCAACAGGGGGCAAGAAAAAGGAAGAUGUUGGGUUUAGGAUCUGGGAAAAAUGGCAAAUAUCUUUUACCAUAUAAUCCUACGGUAACUUUCUUUCUCUCUUCUUUGAAUGGAUAUUAUUCAAAAUUCAGAUUCUCCUAUAUAUCAGAAAUACCUUAGAUUUACCCUGGGGAAACUGGAAGAAAAAAAGAAAAGGGAGAGAGAGAGAGAAAGAAGCUUACACAUAGUAAGGAAUGGGGAAUCCGAGGUAAGAAUAUGAUACCAUUAAAUAAAAUCAUUGUGAAUGUGUGGAUUUAGUCUUUAGAUCUAAUCAUUUUAUUCUUUGUUUUUUUCUAUUUUGAAUAGAAAAAAGAAUGUUAAGGAUGGUUUAUUAAUUGGUAUUGGUUGUUUUUGUUUU